UAGGAAGCUUCCAUUGUUGAUGAAACGCAAGAAUAUCAAUACUGCUUGUUCUAUCUAAAUAAGUUUCCUCUUUCCAGUGAAAAAUAGUCGAUAAUUAAUGGAAAUUUAAGUUUUAUAAUCAGAAAUCAAGAAACAAAUAUUCAGAGCAUCCAGGAAAAUAGUUUAAUAUCAGUGUCUGUUGAUUUACAAUGGGUGGGGCGCUCAAUUUUCAAUUUAAGAUUGUGUAUGUAAAGGACAGAAAACAUUAAGAAAAGGAAAGUAAGAGAAAGAGCGAGAGAGAGAGAAAGGAAACACAAACACCGUGACACGAAACGACUAUAGUGACCUCUAGAUCUAUGUUUCCAGUUGUUAGUUCGCGGACGUCGGCAAUUUUAUUUCUAUCAUCGCAAAAAGAAGUGUUUUUUUUUUAUGUGAACACGAUGUCACUGUGAAAAUUCGACAAUCCCUAAACUGAAGGUUAGGUGAAAUUUGACAUAUAGGAUUUUUUUUCUUUUUUUUUUUUUUUGAUAGUGUGUGUCAUUAGCCUCUGCCAACAUUUGGAGGAAGAUGUUUUAACUCUCACGGUUACCAUGAUGAUUCAUUCCUUCAGCCUCUUCAGUCCCAAGUUUUCUUAUUUUCCUAGAAUAUAUUUGAGAACUUCAGUGUGGGUUAUAAUUCAUACAUUAUACACAUGAAGGAGCACUGUAUCAACACCUGUUCUCUAAGAGUUUUGUGACGAAAGAAAAAUUCCAGUCUUCACUUGAAAAUCGAAAAUUAAAUUCAACUUUCAAGAUUUUUAUUAUUCUUCUUUAUUUUGAUUAAUUAUUCGGGACUGUCCUGGAGUUGGCACCUCGUCAGAUCCUGUUGUGAAAGAAGUUCCAUUUCGCACGGGAAUUGGUGGACCCAGUGCGGGGUGUAAAACAACACCUCAGCACAAUUCUCAAACGAGGCAUUCUUUACCAAAUUUUUCUCAGGAAACUGUCGCUCCGCCAGACACUGCGCCUCUUUUACACAUCAAUAUCUGCACACCGGAGAAUACAAUGCGUGGUCCAGUACUCAACAUAAGCCCCGGUUUGACUGCCAACGGUGUAGAUAUGGAGUAUCGCAGAAGUGCACAAGGUACGAGUCAAAUUCCCGUGAAUCCUGUGCAACUUCAACUUCCACCCCAGCCAGGAUUUUAUAGACCACCUAGUCAAGACGAUGGUAGAAAGAGUGAAUCGCCAUCGCGAAAACGACGUAGAAUUUCUCGCAAUGGCACAGUUUCUGGAAUUGAAGUACAAGAAUCAACGGCACCCGUAGCGAGUGCACCGAUACAUGCACCAACACAACCAUGGGAAUUGGCACCACCUCCACAACAACGACGAACAUCACGUAGUCAUAUGACAGCACGUGGUAGUCCACCAAUAAGAAAUCGUUAUCAACGUUUUCCUGAAACAUAUACACCAACGUGCCCAUUUCUUCAGGGUGUACACACUCCUCAUUUGCCUUCUUCCCAUAAUGUUCAUCCGGGACUUCACAAUAAUCAUCAUCACAAUAUUCACAAUCCCCAUCAUAGUCUUCAUGAUCCUCAACAUAGUAUACAUCAUGCUCAUCCAUCGCAUGCCCAUCAUCCAAGUGGUUCGUCGCAUCAUCCUGCACAAGGUACAAGUGGACCCGUUGUCGUUGAAGUUGGCCAAGUUGGUGUUUCCGGUUUGGGUGUCGCUGUAAGCGGUGAAACACUAUGGCAUCCACAAACCGCUGGUUAUCGGCUACCUUGUCAACUUCACGGAUAUUAUGCACCCGCUGGACCACACGCGUUCGCACAUUCUUGUCAGGUGGCACAUCCGCAUCAUCAUAGUCAUUAUUCGGCUCCUCCUGGACAUCAUGCUCAUCCGCCGCAUACUAAUCAUCCAACGCAUCCUGGACACCCUGGACAUCCAGCGCAUCCUGGACAUCCAGCACAUCCCGGACAUCCAGCUCAUCCUGGACAUCCAACGCAUUCAGUACAUCCAACACAUCCAGGACAUUCGAGUCAUGGUUUAGUAGGAUCUCUCGUUGGACCUCGAGAGAUACGAGGAUUCCCAGCUCCAGGGCCAGUUACUGCACUUCAUCAUCCGCAUCCACCACCACCGACGGUUCAUCCGACGCAUUACACUGCUCAUCAUCAAUUAACUCAGCCUAGAGAAGUGGAUUUGGAGAUAUUAAGUUCUCAUAGAGGCGGUAACGCGGUACCACCGCCACUCCCGAUAACACAACCGUAUAAUCCACAAACGAUAACACACGUUACGUCACCAACCUCGUUUUUCCUUUCUGAUGUCCGUGGAAAUCAAUUAGAAAUGAUACACGCAAGAGCACGCUCAACAAAUAAUGUCCGUAGAUCCAGGCAUAGAAAUAGCUGGCGAAGACAGUCUGCUUUACCACAUUCACCAUUCCCAGGACUUUUGCUUCAUUUCCUAACAAUGUUCAGUAAUCCACCAUUGUCGCCGUAUAGUCAGGCGGAUCUUUCAACGGCUGACGCAUUAGAAAUUGAAAAUUAUGAGACACUAUGGUCACUUGCCGAGAGACUCGGUGAAGCCAAAGCCAGAGGUUUGUCGCGCACUGAAGUUGAUCAAUUACCAUCUUAUAAAUUUGAUGCCGAUACACACGAGGGCGAUCAAACAAAUUGUGUUGUUUGUAUGUGCGAUUUUGAAGUUUCACAAUCGCUUCGCGCUUUGCCUUGCUCGCAUGAAUUUCACGUCAAGUGCAUCGACAAAUGGCUCAAGUCCAAUCGAACGUGUCCAAUCUGUCGUGGCGAUGCCGGGGAAUAUUUAAACAAUGGAAGUUCAAGCAGUGAUUGACGUCAUGAUGCACAGGCGCAUUAGCGUCAAUUCUCAGGCUCGAGAACAACACUCGUCCUGGCCCAACUUCCAAUCAUCACGUUACUGGUUUGUUCAAAUCCAUGCCGAUAAUUGGCCUCUGAUCCUCUUUCAAAACACAAUAUACAUACAUACAUAUUAUAUAUAUAUAUAAAAUAGAGAACCUCUAACGUGAUCAUUACACCAGAUAAUCGGAAGCGUGUGAUGACGAUUUCUCUUGGAUAUAUAAUAAAUAAUAAUAUUCCAAAGUCGUCUUUGUUAGCUUCUGCCAAAGAGGGGACAACGAAGGCAUCUUGACAUUUGUUUGCAAUCAAAGAUGAGUGUUUGUUAGGUAUAUAUAUAUAUAUAAUCGUACAAAAAAUUCAAAAUAUGUACGAAAUUUCUUUACCUGUUUAUUAUUAAUUAUUAUAUAUAUAUAUAUUUUUUUUCUGUUUGAUUUUCUUUUUAUCAAUAGUGUUUAGGUUUUAAUAUUUGUCACGCAUUUCGCAUCGCUCGUAAAAAAACUAACUUUUUUUUUUUUGCAUUAAUAUGGGUUUAAAAAAAAGGGAAGGCGUGAAAAUAAUUGCUGGUUGCACGAAUUUGAGAAUUCUUUUUUUUUCGUUAUAAUUCCUGUUUAAUAGAAAAGAUUUGAUUUUUUUUCGAAUUUGGAAAUAUUCGAUAAAAAUUGUAUGGAAUCGUUAAGCGCGAUAAAAAUACGUGCAACCAGUCGCGUCUGUGUGCAUUCAAUUAUCUUUUUUACAGAAAAAAUUUACUUCUAUGUAAUUGUAACGAAUUAUAUAUAUAUUUAUCGUAUAUAAAUAUAUGUUUGAUUUUUUAAUUUGUUUCAUCUUGUGAAUGUCAAUGUAAAUAUGCAAUUGGAGGACUUGUAACCAAAACUAGCGGUUAGGGUUUUCUUAAAAGUAAGAAAGCAAAUAUGUAUGUAUGAAAUAUCAGAGUGGACUUUCCCCAAAAAUCGAAUGGAUGUAUGUGUUUUAUUUUUUUUUUCAAAAUAGGCCAGGUGAUUGUUUUAAUCUUUAAGUUUCCUAGGUAUGUUUAGGUGCUCUAGAUAGGAAGAAUGAUUUUAAUUCGGUUGUCUAUUCUUUCAAAAAGAGAGAAACAAGUUUUUUUUUGUUCUUUGUUUACUGUUUCGUUUGGUGUUUAAAAAAAUUGUUUUAGCUUUCACGUUUUCAUUACUCCCUCCCCAAAAAAAAAAAAUAGAUGAUAAUUUUUUUUUUUGAUUUUGUCUAAAGAUCCUUUUUUUGCUGGGGGGGGGGGAGUAAAAUCGCAAAUCGCGAAAUCAAUGUCGUCCGAGUUCACGAAAGAAUAUAAAACACAAAAAAAUAACUAGACAAAUUGAAAGAAUAUACGAUAACAGCUUCUGUUUCCUGCGUAAUCUACCUCUAACAGAAGAAAAAUGAGACGAUUAAUAUUUUUUUAUAAGCGCAUCUCGUAAAAGAUAAAAAAGAGAGUAAAAAAAAACUAAAAACAUAUGGUAGAUGAAAAAAAAAAUAUCAAAAUAAUACCUACGUUACUUGCAAUAUUGGAAAGAUGUUUAGUGGAAGUUAAUGAAAUGAACGCUUAAAAGAUAUAAAAAAAAGAAAAUAAUUCCGCAAGUAUGUGUGCCGCGUUUUAGUGCUUCGUUAGGAAUUCUAAAUGAGAUAAAGAAAAAAAAAAAAAAAAUUCUCCUGUAUGGUACAUUUUGAAAAUGGCUUUUUUCAGGGGUCGUUCUUUACUAAUUAGAAUGAUAGCUAAAUCUCGUUGAAAUACUGUCUUUUUAGAAUUCUCCUUACAUAUUCAAAUGUCGUAUAGAAUUAUGUGCUUAUUUUUUUCGUAUUCGAUUUUAUUUUACAUUGCUGACCAAGUUUCUCUUCAAAAUAAUUUCGCUCUAAUCGAAUAGAAAAUAAAAAAAAAAAAAGGAAAUUUAAAAUUUAAAAAUUGUAUGAUAAAACAUAUUGAUGUUGCUUGAAAAAAUUCGAAUUCUCUUCAAAUAUUCGAAAUUGAUCCAAAUUGAGCAAUUGGAAAAUGUUUUUAAAAAUUAAUUCAUUCUUUUGAGAAUAUAGAUUAUUCUGAACGCUUGUGGCGACAGAUUUAAAAAAAAAAAGAACCACCUCUGGUUUCAAAAAAAUAAUAAUAUAAUGAAAAAAAGGAACUCGCGGAAAGAAUAAAAAAAAAAAGAUCGCUUUUGGUACCUCUUUGACUCUCCUUCCAUUCAUUGCGUGCCUUUACUAUACUAACCGAUUGCCAAGAAAAAUAAAAUAAAAUAAAAAAUAAAAAAAAAAACAUUCCGAGGAAACGUAUUCAGAGGACAUUAACGAUUUAAGAUGCGUAUUUGCAGGCACUCAUGUUUAAAAUACAAGAAGGAAAAAUUUCCUAACAUAGGUAAAGAUUUAUAAGUAUUUAGUUAUCGAAAAAGAAAAUCGAGUGAGAAGCUGUGCUAAUAAAAAAAAAAAAUUGUCUGCUUUUGCUCAAUUUCGCUUCUCUUUUUUCUAUAAUUUCUUUGAAAUUACUUUUCAAAAUUGAUUAAUUAGUUUUUUGAAAAAUGUUUUGAAAAACAAAUCUUACUCGGAAGACGUCAAAAAGUAGUAAAAGAAAAGAAGUGUGUUUAUCGUAGCUUAUAAGAACACAUAUCGUUUCUUUUUUGAAAUCAGGAUAAUGUUCAACGUUGUCAAUCGUUGAACUUUGUGUUAAUUGUGUUAACGUUUUGUACUUUAGAUUUAAAUAAAAAUAAAAAAAAAAAAAAAAGUCGUUGUGUCGCAAUGAAGUUCGUUUGAAACUGUAGUCCUGUAAGUAGCGAUAGGGACGAGCGUUCGAUCGAAAAGAUCGAAUUUUAUAACUCCAAAUUUAUUUCUCUCGAUGUAUGAAUUUUUGUGAUAAUCAUUAUAAAAAUAUUUGUACGAUCUAUGAAAAAUUAGUUAAAUACUAAAAAAAAAAAAAAAAAAUUAGUAAAAUUCGUAAAUAGUUGAUAUUUGGAUUUUUGAAAAUUUUGAGAUUUUAUUGGAUUUAUUUUUUAAAUUAAAACCAAUUAAAAAAGAAAAGAAAAGCGCUGGAUGCUGUGAUAGAGAAAAUCAAACCAAUUAAAAUCUCAGAUUCUCGAGGGUUAAAUUCUUUUAAAAGGUGCAAUUUUUAAUUUGGAGACCUUUUAAUCUGUCCAACGCUCCGUCCCUUGAUAGAUUAAGAAGAAAAAAAAAAUAUAUAACUAUCUUAUAAGUUGUACCAUUUGACGUACCUAUCGAUUGAUGUAAUGUGCAUCCGAUGUCGACAAAGAAAGAAAAACAGAAAUUCUUAAAUCGAUUCCUCGAGCCUAUUAACGAUCUUCUGUUUAACGAAAUUGUAAAUAUUUCUAGAAAAUAUGUUCUGUAAAAAAAAUAUCUUCUCAAAUUUUUCAAAAAAAUAA